AUGAAGAGCAUAUUCUGUCGCGGCAAGUCCGGAAAAUCGCAGGCACCGGAGACGCUGAAACCGCUUAAGGAUGGGCAAAAAGAGAUAACUACGCAGACAAGUGUGGUCAGUCAGCCAAGUGUGGUCGGUCAGCCAAGUGUGGUCGGUCAGCCAAGUGUGGUCGGCCCGCCAGCUGCAGUCACCAUCCUGGACUCCUUGCAGCAAAUCAGAAAACGCAUCAACAACUUACCCUGUCGAGACCGACUCCUGCUUGGCGCGCUGGAGGUAGUAAACUCUAGUCUACAGGACAGACGCCGGCGACUAGCUCCAAACAUCAACCCCGAAACCGCCUACGUUCCGGGUCUCCUAUUCACCCUACAGGAGAUCCGAUCAGCGCUGAAGAGUCUGCGGCACAGGGAAGCAAACUGUCGUAGGGCCUGUAGGAAGGUGACAAAGGAGGUUAAAAAGAAGACGUGUUGCCAGAGGAAGAAAAUACAAAAAAGAAAGGGCUGUCCAUGCACCCAGCGCAAGUUAUGCGAGCACAGAAAGCGGAAGAAGUGUAGGACAUGGGAUGAGGAUGAGGAGGAGGAGGAGGGAGAAGAAAGUUGUGCCGCAAAGGAGGCGGAGUGUGGAGAGGCCUGUCAAGACCUGAUCCGUUUCCUGGAGACCCUGGAGAAGACGGCUGAGGCCUUCGACUGGCUGGAGGAUGCGGAAACAGAGAAGGAGCUGUGUGAUAUUAUGCCACAGAGCGACCCGAUGGAAUGCGCCCCCUUCCUACCCUUACCCAUUCCCUAUUGA